GUUACGAUUUAACCAGGCAAUGUAAUAGAACGAUCAUUUGCUGACAAAAUGAUUGCAAAAGUGGUCAUUGCUCUAUCGUUGCUUCUGCAUACUGUCUAUUCGAGUUCGAGAUCUUUUUCUGUGGAUUGGGAGCAUAAAACGUUUCUCAAAGAUGGCCAACCUUUUCGUUACGUUUCCGGGAGUUUCCACUUCACAAGAGUUCCCAACCAAUACUGGGAGGACCGCUUGAUGAAGAUGAAAGCCGGAGGUUUGAAUGCUGUUGAGACGUACUUUCUCUGGAACUUUCACUCACAAAUUGAAGGUCAAUAUGAUUUCGAAGGAGAUCGCGACGUUGAGAAGUUCCUAAGACUUGCCAAUGAUACGGGACUUCUGGUGAUUGCAAGAGGGUUCCCUUUUGCAUGUGCCGAGUGGGAGUUUGGAGGGUUCCCGUGGUACCUGAAACGAACAGACGACUUCACGUUACGAUCUUCGGAUCCGAAAUUUCUCGCCUAUGUCGACGACUGGUUGAGUCAAAUUUUGCCAAAACUGGAACCUUUUCUGUACAAAAACGGCGGUCCUGUCAUAACAGUUCAAUAUGAAAACGAGUACGGAACUUACUUUCCCGGCUGUGAUCAAGUCUAUUUGCAACAUCUAGUUGACAAAAUAAAAGAGUACCUAGGAUCCGACGUGGUUUUGUUCACGACAGACCGAGCUUACACAAGACGAGCUUUGAAAUGCGGCUCAGUGAAAAGCGAGUUGGCGACUGUUGACUUUAAAGUGACGAGUUACCCGCAGUUUUAUUUCGACGUUCUCCGAAGAUAUCAACCAAAUGCUCCUUUAGUCAAUUCUGAGUUCUAUACAGGUUGGUUAAACCAUUGGGGAAAGCCCUUCCAACUUGUCUCGGCAGCCGAUUUGUCCGAGUCACUCGACAAAGUUCUUUCGCUAAAUGCAUCUGUCAAUUUUUAUAUGUACACCGGCGGAACCAACUUCGCCUAUUGGGCUGGCGCGAACUUCGGGCGUCCGUCGAACACAUACGACUUGACAACUUACGAUUAUGAUGCCCCGAUUAGUGAAUCAGGAGACACGACUUGGAAGUAUUACGUAAUACGUGACACAAUUGCGAAAUAUUUUCAAACUCUAACUGAAAAUCCUCCUCCGAACUCUACGAAAACAUCGCUAGCUGAUGUUAAACUAACACUGAAAGGAUCGCUUGUUGAUUUUUUGGACAUUGUCACUAAAAACAACACUUUUAUCGAAUCCAAGUACCCAAAAAAUAUGGAAGACCUGGGAUUUGAUUACGGCUUUGUCAUGUACCGGGUUCAAUUGAGUGGAAUUUAUCAAGGAAGGUUGGACUUGUCCUUCGCAAUCAACGGUUUGGGUGAUCGAGCUUCGAUUCUGGUGACCAAAUCCAAAAACGACUCGACAGGCGCUGUGUUUCUGGGAACUGUUGACAACAAUCACUACCUUCAUCCGAAGUUGGCAGUCGAUGGAGUUAGUUUGGAAAGUGGGGAUUUUCUGGCGAUUGUAGUCGAGAACAGGGGAAGGGUUAAUUGGGGUCCACACAUGAAUGACCAGCACAAGGGCAUCAGAGGAAAUGUUACACUGAAUGGCGAAAUGCUUCAAAACUGGGAAACAGCUCACUUGAUGUUAGAAAAUUUUGGGAGCAACUUCAUAAACACUACUAAAGUAACCGAAAGUUCUGAUUUCCCACUACCAUUGGUGUAUCAAGCGGAAGUUGAUAUGGAUCUCUAUGACUCAUUUCUAAACACGACUUCAUUCGGCAGAGGUGUUGCACUCGUGAACGAAUUCAAUCUGGGACGCUAUUGGCCGACGAUGGGACCUCAGCAGACAUUGUUUUUCCCGAAGGCGGUUCGAAACUCGACUUUUAUAUUGACCCUGGUUGAGUUUGAAAUGAAAAGCAAAGACGGCAGAGUUGAUUUUUUGGACUACCCGAUUCUUGAUUCAAUUUAAAUAGCUGGAAAUUUAAUAUAUCUAUUAUCAAACUUGUGGAAGAAUUGUCAGGAAAUUGUAAGCAUUCG